AUGAUCGAUGAAACGUCGGAUAUAAAACGGCUCGAACAAGUAUCAAUUUGUUUCAGAUCAGUUGCUGAAGAUUUGACUCUAAAUGAAUAUUUUAUAGGAUUCUACGACACAAAAGAUACAAAAGCUGAAACGCUUUUUGAGAUUGUCACUGAUGUAAUCGAAGAAUCUGGAUUAAGUAUCGCAAAUUUACGAGGACAGUGCUACGAUGGUGCUAGUAAUGUGAGUGGUAAGAUUACAGGGCUUCAGACACGAAUACGCGAGGUAGAACCUCGAGCGCUGCAUGUUCACUGCUUAGCACACAGUUUGAAUUUAGUAGUACAAGAUUCAAUGGAAGAUAUAAUUUUGAUAAAAAAUUUCAUCGGGAUUAUUAAAGAUCUACUAAAUUUUAUACGUGAUUCCCCGAAGCGCUUAGGACGAUUUCAUGAUUUGCAGUCUGAGAAAAGCCCCGAUCUGACACCAUUUUGUCCUACCAGGUGGACCAUGAGAAUAAGUUCUCUUAAACGAUUGUACCAUGAUGCUAACUAUCAAAGUGUCAUUGAUUUUAUGCUAUUAACAAGUAAUGCCCGAGACACUGAUGCAAUUACAUCAUCAAAAGCAAAGGGAUUCUCAAAACAUUUACAAACCUUCGAAACAUAUUUUUUGCUUACAACUAUGAUUAAUAUUUUUGAGGCAAUUGAACUACUGAAUACACAGUUACAAAAGUCACAACUAUGUCUAAAUGAAUCAAAUAAGCUUGUCGAGAUUAGCACGAAAAAUCUUGAAACGCAACGAGAUCAGAAGUUUGAAGUUAUUUGGAAGGAAGCAAACAAAGGUAUUGCAAAAUUUAAUGUAGAAGAGCCUUCUGUACGCCGCGAAAGAAAAACUCCACGCCGUUUUGAUUCAUCAAGCGAAGCUCAUAUUUUUGAUACGCCGGAAGAUAACUACAGAAAAAUUUAUUUUGAAGUUUAUGACAAGGUUCUAAUGUCUUUAAACACACGAUUUGAGACAGAAACUAUAAAUUUAUUAAGUAAAUUUGAGAACUUUCUUAUUGGAAAAAAUAAUAUAAAUGUUUUAGAUAUUACUAAUUUUUACAAUACUCAGAAAAAGAAUGAAUCGAAAGAAGACAAUUUUGACGCACAGUUGUUAACUAAUCAGAGAGAUUUUUUUUAA